AUGGCGCUCCGUCGACCUCAUCGCAAAUCCCGCCACGGCUGUAUGGAAUGCAAGCGCCGACGAGUCAAGUGCGAUGAAGCCAGACCGACCUGCUCCAAUUGUGCCAAGCGCCAUGCGGAGUGCGAGUAUGGCUCCUCCAGCUCGCUGCUCUGGGCAAAUGAAGAGCCUUCCGUGGCUCGCCAGUCAUCUCGGACGUCAGGCUCAGACAGCGGCCAGCCAGGCGAUUCUGUCCUCGGAAGCCCUCCGGCCGCCGACUCGCUCGGCAUCCUGGGCCGGCUCAGCGGCGAUAGCUCGACGGUCGCCACGCCCAUCUCGCUCAACCUGCAUGACCUGGAGCUCAUGAUGCACUGGUGCAAUUCCACUUACCUCACGCUUUCUCGCAAUGACCGCACAGAUCUCGUCUGGCGAAACGCCGUGCCCGAAGAGGCCCUCUCGCACCCGUUCCUGAUGCACGGCAUCCUGGCUUUGUCGGCGCUGCAUCUAGCUCGCACGGGGCCCGAGCCUUCGCGGCGUGCAGCAUAUCUCAAUCGCGCUGUCGCGCAUCAAAACGAGGCACUCGCGCUGUUCCGCGAGCUGCUGGGGGACAUCAGCGAGUCGAAUGCAAAGGCCAUGUUUGCCUUUGCCGGCAUCGUCGUCGUCUAUACCUUCGGCUUCCCGCACACGCCCGAUGUACAGGAUCCUUGGACCUGCGUGGACGACCUAUACCAAGUGCUGGUGCUCACCCGCGGCGUGCAGCAGGUCAUCCGCUCGCCAGCAGACUAUCUCAGCCACUCCAAUUUCGCGCCUAUUCUGCAAGUGGAGGAAGUCCACGCGCCGCUCCCGGACGAUGCAACAGCCGCCAUCAAUGAGCUGCACGAAGCCAAUGAGAUCUGCGGCGCGCGCGACCAGAACCACAAGACCGAGGUCUACACCGCCACGAUCGACAACAUGGCAGAGAUGCUCAGCUGGGUGCAUGGCGGGAUGACGUCCAGCGUGAUUGCCGGCCGAUGGGCCAUCAAGUUGCCCUCGCGCUUCCUCGACUUGCUCCGCGAGCGGGAACCGAUGGCCCUCGUUAUGUUAGUCCACUAUGGCGUGCUCUUGCAGCAUCUCAAGCACCGUUGGUGCUUUGAUGAGUGGUGUGUCCGGGUUGCGAAGGCCGUGUGGGCAAUUCUGGAUGAUCAGUGGCGACCGCUGGUGCACUGGGCUAUGAGGCGCAUUUUGGGCGACAGUUAUCUGCAGCAGGUGGACUCGCUGUGA